UUUGCAGAAGAUCUGCAAACUUUCGGUGUGUGUUGAGAUUUAUUACUUCUUGAGUGCUACGAACAAAAAUAAAUCGGGAUCGGGAGGCUGUCAAAGCAGCAUGGAAGAGGUCAAGAAAGCAGCGUGUGACUUCAUCGACAAAUAUGCCAGUGAACUUCAUCAGCUAAGCAAAAGCAUAUGGGAAAAGCCUGAGUUGGCGUACAGGGAACAUUACGCGCACGAUGUCAUAGCGACAUAUCUCGAAAAACACGAGUUUACGGUGGAAAAACAUUACAAACUUGACACGGCAUUUCGUGCUGAAUUUCCGACCCAAAACUCUAAAGACGGUCCCCGUGUCGCUGUACUUUGUGAGUAUGAUGCAUUACCAGGGAUUGGUCAUGCUUGUGGUCACAAUCUCAUUGCAGAGGUGGGCGUGGCAGCUGGAAUUGCCAUAAAACAUGCAAUGACAAAAUCUGGACAAGCCCUUGGUGGCCAGCUGUCAGUGAUAGGAACUCCAGCUGAGGAGGGUCGCUGUGGGAAACAUGACUUGAUUACAGCAGGAGCCUUCACUUCAGUUGAUGUAGCCAUGAUGGCUCACCCUUCACAGUACACACUAGCCCGUCCAAAGUAUACAUCCAUGAUUCCUGUGACUAUCAAGUUCAGUGGUCAGGCAGCCCAUUCAGCCUCUCACCCCUGGGAGGGACUCAAUGCACUGGAUGCAGCGGUCAUGUGCUACAACAGUAUAUCUUGUCUCCGUCAGCAAAUGAAACCAACAUGGAGAGUUCAUGGAGUAAUUCGUAAUGGAGGUGCAGAGCCAAACAUAAUACCCGAGGAAACGGAGAUGGAAUUCUUCCUGAGAACACCAUCAGAAGCGGAACUGGAAGUCCUCAAGAAGAAGGUGAUAGAUUGUAUCAAUGGUGCUGCCCUCUGUACAGGGUGUCAGGCUAGCUACACCUUUGCUGAGAAACAUUACCAGGCUCUGUUGUCCAAUAAUACAAUGGCUGAACUAUUUGAGGAGAAUGGGAGACAUCUGGGGAUUGAAUUUGACCAGCGGGAGGAAAUACGCACCAAGUUUGGUGGUUCUACAGACAUGGGUAACGUCUCUCAUGUGGUUCCCAGUAUUCACCCAAAAUUCUACAUAGGAACCACAGUUAGCAAUCACUCCAAAGGUUUUACAACAGCUGCAGGAGCAGAUAUCGCCCAGAGUUACAGCCUGGCAGUAGCAAAAUCCUUAGCAAUGACGGCUGUAGACAUUAUGUCCAAACCAGGGCUGAUGGCUAAAAUACAGGAGGACUUUCAUAAAGACCUACAAAGUGUAUCCUAGUUUUACCAGGUGUGGAAAAAUGACAAUACCUUGAUAUUGUUGGAUUCUAUUUAUUAUAUUAAACCAGAUUUUAUGAUUAGAAAAAUACAUAACUGUUAACUUUUUCACACAAAAAAAAAUUCUAUGGUUUAUCUGAAGAUUUUAUUAAUAAGAUUUGAUGAUGUUUGAAAUUUUAAGCCAGUUUCAUGAAAGCAUUGAAAAAAUACAUGAGAAUUUAUACAACAUGUUUUGAACUUAAGGACGUACACAACGUAGUUUGAACACUAUUGUCUUUUUCCCUGGAGUAAAAGAAUUGCAAUACUUGAAGGACCUGUGUUCUGCUCUUUUAAUG